CACUACUACAGCAUCAUCAAACAAAAAGACAGACGGGGCGCCAUCGCUACUGAAACGAGUCACCAGUGACUUUAACGCGAGACUUCACAAGUCUGAGCUGCAUCUAGAAAAGAAUCUGGUCAUUGAUGCGAGAUACAUACUAUUAGCCUUGACGAUAGCAUCUCUCCAGUGCACUGUGUCUCAGCAAGCUGUGGUCACAGUCCUGGCGGACUUGCACAUGCAAUGCGGACGACGUCGAGGCUUUUCUUCCAAGCGCUACGACCGCUCCAUCAUGAGAAUCCGCUGGGUCUCCCUCGAUCUGGCACGCCGCCGACCUGGCAAAAACGCCCCCAGAAACGAAAGAUCACCGGCGUAGAAAAGGUCAUAGCCGUCUCAUCAGCCAAAGGCGGCGUUGGAAAGAGCACUGUCGCAGCAAACCUAUCGCUCUCCUUCGCCAGGUUGGGCUUCAGGGCUGGCAUCCUGGAUACUGAUAUCUUCGGGCCGUCAAUACCGACACUGUUCAAUUUGUCGGGGGAACCUAGGCUAUCGAGCAAUAAUCAGCUCGUACCACUGACGAAUUACGGAGUCAAGACAAUGUCUAUGGGCUACUUGGUGGGGGAGAAUGCUCCUGUGGUCUGGCGAGGGCCGAUGGUUAUGAAGGCAAUACAACAACUCCUUCAUGAAGUUGAUUGGGGUGGCCUCGAUAUUCUUGUCCUUGACCUACCUCCCGGAACCGGAGAUACGCAGUUGACGAUAACACAGCAAGUCAUUUUGGAUGGUUCGGUAAUCGUCACAACGCCGCAUACUCUCGCAACAAAGGAUGCUGUUAAGGGCAUCAAUAUGUUCAAAGCAGUCGAUGUCGGCAUCCUCGGUCUCGUACAGAACAUGUCACUCUUCAAAUGUCCCCAUUGUCACGGGGUCACGAAUGUGUUUGGCACCAACGAAAGGGUCAAGCGUCUGUGCACGGAACACGACAUUGAUUUUCUGGGAGACAUUCCUCUGCACCCCAGUAUCGGCGAUGAUGGGGAGCGAGGUAAACCGACUGUCGUGUCAGAACCAAGCAGUGACAGGGCAACGUCGUUCACAGACAUUGCCAGGGCAAUCUGCCCCAAGGUCGGUCUUCAACCUAGUUAAUCUCAUUGCCGCCGCGAGCUCUAGCCGCACCAGAGGAAACGUAGUCUCGUGAACGUAGUCAAAAUAUGAGAUUCUAGCUUCACACGUAG